CCAACACAAGCGAAUUAUCAAAAACUGAAAAUGGCAACCCUAGAGAUAAUCCAAAUUCUCAUUCUCACCAUCAUUUAUUGCUCAUUGGUACCCUCACUUGGGGCUAAUUACAAUCCUACCCUCGACGUGUGGUCAUUCGGGGCAGUGCCCGAUGGGAAAUCCGACUGCACGGAGGCUUUCACGAGCGCAUGGGGCUCGGCAUGUGCCUCCGUGGGGCCCACGACUAUUUACGUGCCUCCGGGAAAAUACUUAUUGCAAAACACGUACUUUUCAGGGACUUCGUGUGAAAAUACUGAUAUAACGAUACGUAUUGAUGGGACUUUGGUGGCUCCCUCGGAUUACGAGGCACUCGAGAAAAACGGGAGCUGGCUGCAGUUCGAGAGGGUCGCCGGAGUUUCUAUACUCGGCGGAACCUUAGACGGCCAAGGGACGAGAUUGUGGGAGUGCAAGAAUUCCGGCGAGAAUUGUCCUAAAGGAGUUACGUCACUAGCUUUCUACAACUCGAACAACAUAAAGAUCAAUGGCUUAACUUCUCUAGACAGCCAAAUGUUUCACAUUAUUAUCGACGGUUGCGAAAAUGUCGAUCUCACGAACGUGAGGGUGUGGGCCCCCGAAAACAGCCCAAACACAGACGGGAUUCACGUGCAACAGUCGACUCGAGUUACUAUUAUGAACUCGCUAGUCGGAACUGGCGACGAUUGUGUCUCAAUUGGCCCGGGAUCCUCCGAUUUGUGGAUCGAGAAUUUGUGGUGUGGGCCGGGCCACGGGAUAAGCAUUGGAAGUCUGGGCUGGGAGGCCCAAGAAGCUGGAGUCCAAAACGUGACGGUGAAAUCAGUUAAAUUCUCGGGCACCCAAAAUGGAGUUAGGAUUAAGACGUGGGCCAGGCCCAGCAAUGGAUUUGUUAGGAAUGUCCUUUUCCAGCACCUUGUUAUGAAUGAUGUCCAAAACCCGAUUAUCAUUGACCAAAAUUACUGCCCCGGCCACGAGAAUUGCCCGACCCAGACAUCGGGUGUAAAAAUCAGCGACGUGACCUAUCAAGACAUACACGGGACAUCAACCACGAAAGUUGCGGUAAAAUUUGAGUGCAGUAAAACGAGACCGUGCAGUGAAAUUACCUUAGAUGAAGUCAACUUAACUUACGGUGACAAGUCAGCAGUCUCGUCGUGUGCAAAUGCCGGCGGGACCACCGGUGGAAUAAAUUUUGUAACUGCUGAUGAGCUACCAAUCACUGCAACUAAUUGCAUGAGGCAGUGGAAGUGGAUGGUCACGGUUACUACACUAGGAAUUUCCAACUCCAACAACGUGGCCAUUACCGGACUCACAUCCAUCAACAGCCAGUUAUUCCACAUCGUCAUCAACGGCUGCCGUGACGUCAGGCUUCGAAAUGUGACCAUUUCGGCUCCCGGAGACAGCCCCAACACCGACGGAAUACACGUCCAACGCUCGUCUGACGUGGCCAUCACCGACUCCAAAAUCGGGACCGGCGACGACUGCGUGUCGGUCGGGCCCGGCACCGCCGACCUUUGGAUUGAGAACGAUUACGACGAGUUGGGCGUGCAUAACGUGACGGUUCAGAGCGUAUCAUUCGACAACACGCGAAACGGCGUGAGGAUAAAGACGUGGGCAAGGCCGAGCAAAGGGUUUGUGAGCGGCGUCGUUUUCCGGCACGCCGUCAUGUGUAAUGUGGAAAACCCGAUUGUGAUCGACCAAAACUACUGCCCGCACGAAAAAGAUUGUCCCGGACAGGUAUCGGGAGUUGAAAUCAGCGACGUGACGUAUCAAGACAUCCAAGGCACGUCGGCAACACAAGUGGCCGUGAAAUUUGACUGCAGUAACGAGUGCCCGUGUAAAGGAAUAAAGAUGGAGAAAGUGAGGCUAAGCUACCAAAACCAGCAGUCUCGUGCUCAGUGUGUCAAUGCAGCUGGCUCGGUUUAUGGCUCGGUCGAGCCCUCGAGCUGUCUGAAUUGAGUGAACUUUUUAUUAACCGAUGUGGG